AUGCGCUGGCUUCUGAUUCUAUUUUUGUUUGUUGUGGCAUGUCACGGUAAAGAUCUUCGCACGAUAGAAGGAGAUGACUUCCGUACGGUAAACGUAGAAGCUCAUAGUAAUGUCAACGAUGGAGACAUUGUGACAGGUGACCAUGGUUAUAUUAAUGAGGACGAUUUGUUGUGUAGUAGUUGCAAGUAUUUUGUUCAUGAGCUGGAGAAGAUGUUUGAUAAGGACCUGAUGAAAGAAUGUAUAGUACCGUUGGUAUCGUAUCUUUGUGAGACGUUCAAGAUCCAGAGUCAUACGGUAUGCAAAGGGAUCGUAUCCCAGUUCAAAGACGAGUUCCUGUAUGUUGUGAAGCAACUGACCACAAAGCCUGCGCAUCUUUGUGGGUUACUGUUACCGGAUUGUGAUAAGGAAGAUAAUCCACUCUACAGUAACUGGACGAUACCUAUUCCUGGGGGGAAACCUCCGAAGAGAAGGGAACAUCCACCAGAGGUCAGUAGUACAAUAUAGAGUGGCACAAGCUGAGUAAUGCAAUGGAUUUAGGGCUUUAUUAUCACAACUUGUCAAUGUAAAUUAUAAAAACGUAUAUUGUUGUAUACGUUUUUAUAGUUACCGUGGUUAUUACUUUCAGAACAGUAAUGGUCCUACGUUGAAAGUGUUACACAUAACUGACAUUCACGUCGACCUUGACUACGCCGUCGGAACAGAAUCGGACUGUGGAGAACCUCAAUGUUGUAGAUGGCCCAAACAACGUGUCGAUGUAUGUUUGACUACUGUAACAUCUUAUCCACGUGUACUAAAGUUACCUUAAAUCUUUUAACUAUUAGAUACAAAGAAGUUACCCUUUAAAUUUAAAAUAUUCAUUCUUCAGAAGAUUAAGAAGCCGGCUGGCUACUGGGGCAGUGUUGGCAACUGUGACAUACCACUGUGGACGGUGGAAGACAUGUUGCGCAGUGCUUCUACACAACAUGGCCCAGUAAGUGAUGUUAUCAAUGACGGGUUACUGAAAGUUUUUUGUAAGAACUAUCGGCAUACAUAAUAUGGCUUCUGAUUGUAGAUUGAUUACAUUGUGGUAACUGGAGAUCUGGAGAGUCACGCUGAUUGGGACUACAGUAAGGAAGAGCACCUAGAUACUGUAAAGUCGUUGUUCUCACUGUUCAACAAGUACUUUCCUUACACUCCAUUGUACUUUGCUCUUGGCAAUCAUGAAGGAUACCCAGUAGAUAAGUAGGUUUACUUCAGCUUCAAAGCCUUUUUAUGUGUCAUUUUAAAGAUGUAUAUAGUUUAAUAUUACGGUAAUAUAAUCAAGAUAUAAUCAUAUUGUUUUAGUGUAGCCCCACAUUCAGCUCCAGAAAAGUUCCAGAUGACGUGGUUGUACGAGGCUAUGUUGGAUCAGUUUGGCAGAUGGCUGUCACAAGCUGAGAAGGAAACCUUUUUGUAGUAAGUUACAGUAUAUCACUUAAAACAUAUUCAUAAGUUUAUUAAUAGUAUUUUAAUUGUUAAUUUAAAUAUUUUACAGUAAUGCAUGUUUCUCAACUUUGGUAGCUCCGAAUCUGAGAGUAAUAUCCUUGAACACGAUCCUUGGAGACAAAAUGAACUUGUGAGUUUACUGACAUAGUAUAUUUUCAGUUUGUACUGUAUCUUCAGAAGUCAAUCGUACUUUGUACGACAUAUAAAAACGUAUCGUAACCCUAAGGUUUUAGACUUCAAUUACUGUACUUUAGCUUUUUGUACCUAAACCAAACAGACCCAGACGGUGCCAUGUCCUGGUUCGCCAACGAGUUGGCCAAGGCCGAGAAGAACAAGGAAAAAGUCCAGGUCCUGGCCCACUUACCCUCAGGCAGUGGAGAAACCUUUGAACAAUGGGCCAUCAACUACUACAACCUCAUCAACAGAUACGAAGAUACGAUUGUGGCUCAGUUCGUGGGGCACACCCACACCAAUGUGUUGUGGAUGACAUUCAAGGACAUGGAGAGUGCUCAGUCUCGUCCUACUUCUGUCAUGUACAGUGGACCCAGUGUUACCAGUUAUACCGACUCUUACCCGGCCUACAGGAUAUACACGGUGGAUGGUAAUCGACCGAAUAGUACUUAUGUAAGGACUUUUAGUUUAGGCUUCUGAUGUUACAAUCACUAUUGAACUUUAAAACUUUAAGUACAAGAAUAUUUAUGGCCAUAUUGCAAAAAUAUCGUAGUAAUACCUUUAAACUGAGCUUUUUAAUUCUCAUUUAAAGUUUUGACAAGAUACGAUUUCAGAAAAUAAUAGACUAUGCCGACUAUUACCUCGACCUGGAAGAAGCCAAUGAGAAGUACGCUUACAAAGAUACCGCGCCUUGGAAACCCUUAUAUACAUCAGUAAAGAAGGAGUACAACUUGAAUUCUCUGGAGCCAGAAGACUGGAAAGGCCUGAUAGAUCGACUGGCCGAAGACAAAGAGCUGAUGAGGAAGUUUGAAAAGUAAGUACAAUAUAAAAAGUCCUGUAAUGUGGGGAGAUUAAAACUUGUCCACGGAAGGCAAAAGAAGGAGAAGGAAUAUGACAACAAAAAGAAUGGGGACGGCCAGAUCGUCCGAUUCCUUCUCCUUUAGUCAAAUUAACCGUUCGGGGGAAGGCUACCCCUUUUCUUAAGUGACCUUAAAUAUUUGAUAUUAUUUAGUUUUUAGUAUAAGAUUGUUAACCUUUAAUUUUUCUUGUUUUCGUCUUCGUGAUUAUUGUAUAUUUUAAUUUUAUAAGGCUUAUUAACCCGAGUUUGAGGCUUCGCACCAAUAAGUUGUUGGAAGACGCUUUUUGGGUUAAUUGUGACAAGCGGCUGAACCACCGCUUUGAUAGAGAAGUUUGGAUAUCCCCAAUUUAGAGGAUACAACUUAAAAGAUUUUGAAAGUCAUUAGAUAUGGGGCAAGGAAUCUUCCUUUUUGAAUUUUUGUUUUAGCGCAGUUUUUGGCAUUGUGUUUAACUUUGUUUAAAAACAUUAAACCGUAAGCUACAGUGAUUUAAAAUUCCAUACACAGUACAAGAACACCAUACUAACACCAGUAUAUGUAAUUUCAGGAACGUGUAUCGCCGCGACAACGGACCGUGCGAAGCCGAAUGUACGCGAAAACGAAUCUGUCAGAUGGUGAGCGGCCAUCACUCACCCCAGCUAUGUCAAAGUGUUGGGAAAGGUUUCGAGAAUAGAUCAUUUCCCCCUCCGGCCAUCUCAGGGCCCGCUCUCGGGAAGAUGAUCAAGCAAUGUCCUAUAUGA